AUGUCUUUUGAUACAAUGCGCGCUAUCGUGAUGCACGAAAUUGGUGGUCCUGGGGUGUUGAAGCUCCAGACAGUGCCCAAACCAACGCCCACAGCGGGCCAGGUCCGGAUACAGGUCAAGUCAUUUGGGCUUAAUCGUUCGGAAGUGUUCACGCGUCAAGGUCAUUCACCCGGUGUAACAUUUCCGCGUGUUCUGGGCAUCGAAGCCGCUGGACUUGUCGAUGAUGCAGACCCGGAAUCAGGCUUCAAAGUUGGUGAAGUCGUUGUGACUGCAAUGGGUGGCAUGGGCCGUGUCUUCGAUGGCGGAUACGCCGAAUACACUGUAGUGCCGGCCACCCAAGUGCGACGCGUUAACGCCACCGCUGCCUUCGGCCCCGAUCAGCCCGUGCCUUGGGACAUCUUGGGUGCUCUUCCCGAACUUAUGCAAACGGCUUGGGGCUCGCUGUUCACCAGUCUCGAUCUCGUUCCCAGUGAUCGAUUGCUGAUCCGUGGUGGAACUACAAGUGUGGGGCUGGCGGCUGCGGCACUUGCUCGAUCGCACGGGGCCUCCGUCACCGCGACAACGCGGAACCCAGCACGUGUAGAGUUCUUACGUGGUCUCGGUAUUGACAAUGUCAUUAUGGAUGACGGCUCAAUAUCGUCAGAAGUUCAAAAACGUGCUCCUUUCAGCAAGAUUCUCGAGCUGGUUGGGGUCACCACACUAGAAGAUUCUCUCCGAUGUGUGGCGCCUGGUGGUACUGUUUGUAUGACAGGUAUAGCUGGGAAUAAAUGGACCUUUGAACAGUUCACGCCCAUGGCGUCCAUACCGACCUCUGUUAAGUUGACUACCUAUGCGAGCACCACGGACGCCGUUCUGAAAACACCAAUUGAGGAGAUCGCUCGAGAUCUGGCGACAAGCAAGAUAGAGUUGCCUAUCAAGACUUUUCCGAUGGAUCAGAUUGUAAAGGCCCAUCGAUUGAUGGAGGAAGAGGGGGCAUUGGCCAAGAUCGUGAUGAUUGUUUGA